GUUCGAAGAUUUCCAGCAAAAAUAAGUAUUUUAGUAAGUAAUGCUGGCCGAUCAUCAAAUUCCCGAACAAUCCAUGGAUGAAGAAGAAAGAACAUCCUCGCGCGGAUGGAUGCGAGAGUUUAAAUAUCCGAGCAAUUUGCGAGAUAUCACCGAAGAAGCUAGAAUUUCACUCUCAAGUGUUGCUCACUGUGGUGGAGUCGACGAGUUGCUGCACGAAAGUUCAGAACUGGCAUGGAGAACAAAUAUGAGCCCUCCACAUCGAGCACUUUUCACGUUUUCAAAAAAGACUGACAUAUCUUAUGUCAUGCUUUUCCUUGAUUACAGUAGAGAUGAAUCAUAUUGCCCGCAAGAAGUGAGAAUAGAUCUCGGAGAUGGAACAAAUGAUUGGUGGCUCAAAAUGUAUCGAAGAGUGGACCAACCAAAAGGAUGGGUGAAAAUUCCGAUUCACGACGCCUUUGGCAAUCCACUCCGAGUCAUGUCACUUCAAAUGACUAUUAUGAAAAAUCACGAAAAAGGCAGGGACUGUGUUGUUCGUCAUUUUCGAGUGCUUGGACCUUUCCGCAGCCGAUAUGACAGCAUGAACAGAAUGAUUCUCGGACCCUCAGCAGUGUUGGAAGCACGGCCAGGAACGGAGCCAAUAAAAGAUGCAAUCAUGAAUCACUAUCAGUCUAUGCGUUAA